CAGUGACUUGAAUUUUCUACACAAAUUCGCUUUGUACACGUGUACUUCAUAUUAUUGUUUAAUAUUUCGUCAUCGGUGUUUACUAGGAACAUAGUGAUCAUACAAUUUUUAUGAAGAAAUAAGAAAAUAAACGAAAAUAGCGAAAAACCGAUAUUUAUGACAUUGUACUGUGUAAUAAUAAAUCAGUUUGUGCCAACGAAAUAAUCAGAAAAUCUUGGAAAAUGUCGGAAUUCCGAGAUUGGUACAAUGGUGUACCGUUUUUCACCAGAUAUUGGAUGACUUUUACUAUUGUAUUGAGUUUGUUUGGUAAAUUUGGGCUUGUAAGCCCUUAUUAUUUUAUACUGGAUUUCUAUUAUUUCUUCAAUCAAUUUCAGAUAUGGCGUCCAUUAACAGCUUUGUUUUACUAUCCAAUAAAUCCAGGCACAGGAUUUCACUUCCUGAUAAACUGCUACUUUUUGUACAACUACUCUCAAAGACUUGAGACCGGCAUGUUUGCAGGGAAGCCAGCUGACUAUUUCUACAUGCUUUUGUUUAAUUGGGUGUGCUGUGUUAUCAUUGGAUUACUUGUCAAAUUGCCAGUAUUAAUGGACCCGAUGGUACUCUCGGUAUUAUAUGUAUGGUGUCAGCUUAAUAAAGAUGUAAUUGUAUCAUUUUGGUUUGGCACAAGAUUUAAGGCUAUGUAUUUACCUUGGGUACUACUCGCUUUCAACCUUGUCAUCAGUGGAGGUGGGAUAAUGGAGCUCCUAGGCAUUCUAAUUGGUCACUUAGCAUUCUUCCUUUUGUUCAAAUACCCUCAAGAGUUUGGUGGCCCUGCAUUACUCACACCACCAGCAUUCUUGAAACAACUAUUCCCGGACACUAGGUACGUGGGUGGUUUUGGUACAGCGCCACAAGCGAGAGUACCCACUCGCCCAGGCAACACCGUUUUCGGGGGACAUAACUGGGGCAGAGGGCAAACUCUCGGAGGAAACUGAACUGAAAGCUAGUGAAUAUAGUUAUAGUUUUCAUUGUUAUUAAAUUUAAGUUUUUAGUGUCUGUGGUUUUUUCUUCUUUUUUUUCUAAGAUUGGAUCCACAUAUUUGAAAUAACCAACACAUCAUGUUUUUAUUGGGUAUCUAAACUUUCCUAAAUAUUUUUUUUCCGAUUAAUAUGAUUAAUAAAACGUUUUUGGCGUAAAUUAUAAAUAGCAUAAAGUAUAUCAGCGAAAGUGAUUUAAUGGAAAAAAGUAUUUAUGAGAUGAAACGGUUUCUAAAAAUUCUUCAACAAAAACACCUUAUCAAAGCAACUUUCUGGCGGAUUAGAUGCGUUUUAUUAACUAUUUUUUAUAAUCUACUAGUGUUAAAAUAAGACCAUAUUCUUAAAUGAGACAUGUUUGUAAUUUCGUGAUCAUGUAAAGAGAAUAGCAAUGUCGACGUAAGACUAAUAUUAGAUUAAAAGUUCUGUAUAAUAAAUUCAGUUAUCAAUAUUUUCCUAAUGCUUUUUUACAGUUAAAUAUACUAAUUUAUAACUGGCAGGCUGCAAACAAAAAAAAAUUGUAAAUUUUCCUGUUUAAAUGAGUUUUAUGUCUGUGUGUAUUUAAUCAAAUUAUUGACUUUUGGUGUGAAUGUAACGCGUAUGAUUUUUUUCCCUGUAAUUUAUAGAUACUGGAGUACGUUUUGAAGUUAUUCUGUUGUAAAUGACUGCUAUAAUUUAAUAAAAUUACUUACAUUUUAA